UUACCCCCUAAUGCGUCGAAAGCCAUAACGUCGCGAAUACUUCAUCAAUCAACGUGAUUCAAAUUGGGAACGAGCGCAAGGACAGCGAAGCCACCGCCGCAGCUGACGUGGCAGCACGGGCAGCAACCAAAGCAGCAGCAGCAGCAGCAGCAGCAGCAGCAGCAGCAGCAGCAGCAGCAGCAGCAGCAGCAGCAGCAGCAGCAGCAGCAGCAGCAGCAGCAGCAGCAGCGACAGCAGCAGCCGCCCGGUCAGAAGCAGCCGCUACUGUAGCCACACGGCAUUCGUGCCGA